AUGGCCCUCGCCCAUAACGGCAUGAUCCGCGGCCUCAACUCCAUCUACCUCCAAGCGCCGCACAUCCCUCACAACGACACAUCCACACAACGCGACUUCCUAAUGUACUGUGAAUGCUGGUGCGAAUCCAUGCAUCACCACCACGACGCCGAAGAAGCCGAGUUUUUCCCGAGUUUGGAGAAGAUCGCAGCCCAGCCAGGACUCAUGGCACAAAAUGUCGAGCAGCAUCGAGCCUUCACGCCGGGAUUUGAGAAAUUCCACGAAUACGUGAAAAGUUGCGAUGUGAAAGAUUUUGAUGGGCCGAAGAUUCAGGCGCUGGUGCACGACUUUGCGCCGCCACUGACCAAGCAUCUGCAAGACGAGAUCGAGACGCUAAAGGCGCUGGAGAAGUACGACAGUAAAGAGGUGAAGUCGGCGUAUAAGCGGCAUGGAGAAGCUCUUGAUGGAUACGGAUAA